CGAAUUCAAAUCAAAAGUCAUCACUUAUCUCCCGUCUGUUCACUGAGCAGCGAUCGCAGACACCCUGCUUUGCCUAGCAUUUACCGGCUGUGAGCCGAGUAAAAAAAGGAAAAGGGAUCUGAACGCUGCUGUAAUAAAAUCCGAGUCAAGUCUUACGCCAUCACUACCACUCCGCCGUUCUUCACCUUUCCAAACACUCAAAGACAUCAUAUCAACAAUGCCGUCAUACCUCCGAUCUUCCUCAAGGGCUGUCUCGUUCCCUCCUUGCAUCAACAGCGUGGACGUGGGGUCUCCUUACGACGCCGGCCUUCCAGACAUCGACGAUGAGCCUUUUGCUCACUUCCUAACGCCCCUAAACGAAGAGGACGACCCAUACGACCCCAUGGCGCUGAGUGCAGGCAUAGUCGACGGCCCACAUACCAGCAAGGCGUCCAAGUUCAGGUCCAACGUAACGAACAAGUGGGCGCGCUACGUCAAGCAAAAUCACACGGAGCUGCACACACGGUACCAUGUACCUGCGAUACCCGAAGAGGAUGAAGAGUCCUUUAUGGGACUUGACGACGACCGUCUCAACUACAUGCCUCAGUCAAUCUCUCAUACCUCUCCAAGGAUCACCAUCACUGAACCAACACGAGGCCGCGCUCAGGAACUUGUACAGCGCAAGGAGCGCAACCGACGACAAAAGACAUCACGCACGCUCUCCGGCCAACGCCACUCGUGGCGCGAGCCGAGUCCAGAGCUGUUUACCGUGGACGAGUCAGAAGAAGACGAGGUCCUUGUCCGACGGGCAAAGACACGCAAGGCCAAGGAUGGUGCAGAACGCCGGAGGUCAGCAACAAGGUCGAAGUCAAGAGCGAGGGCUGAUGUGGCAGACCGAGCUAGAUUGUAGGCGGAGAUGAAGCAUUGCAUUGGGUGGCGUUUCAUUUGAUGUUGUUGCAUUUGCAGGCGUUCAGUGGCUUUGACCACAUCAUAUAUCCAGCAUU